UACCCUCUGACAGUGACUUUUGAUGUCAGAGAACUCCACCUUAUGAAGCUAUUUCACUUCCUCUUGCCUUCAAAUUUUCAAGUGUUUCCACAUGUAGAGGACAACCACACUGAAGAACUGCUUGCCAGUAUUAUCACCAGCUAAGAAAUUUUUUUCUUUCAAAAACUUUAAAAAAGUGAAAGCAUUGAAGAAUUAUGAAAUUCACAUUUUUCUGUGCUGUGUUGUUCUUCCUGGAUCUCUUCAUUUGCUGUAAUGCUUCUGCACAAAAUCUCUUGCCUGACAUAGAAGAUGCUAAGUUUAUUAAAGACUGUGUGACAGCUCACAACAACUUUCGAACCAAAGUCAAUCCACCAGCCAGCAAUAUGCUUCACAUGUCCUGGGACCCUGCUUUAGCUAAGACUGCCAAAGCAUGGGCAAAGAAGUGCAAGUUUAAGCACAAUAUCUACCUUAAAAAGCCAGGGAAGGUGCACCCUACCUUUACACCCGUUGGAGAAAACAUCUGGACUGGCACGGCCACCAUCUUUUCUGUGGAUGCAGCUCUCAGUGACUGGUUUAACGAGGUUGGAAGCUACAAUUUCAACACCAAUAUCUGUACUGAGAUGUGUGGUCACUAUACCCAGGUUGUCUGGGCCACAAGUUACAAAGUUGGCUGUGCAGUUCACUUCUGCAAUGCAGUUGAAUAUUUUCCAGGACUCUUCAGAGCAGCACAUUUUGUUUGUAACUACGGACCAGCGGGAAAUUACCCAACAAAACCUUAUAAAGCAGGACAGCCAUGCAGCGGAUGCAGUAACGACAAGUGUGUAGACAAUCUCUGUGAAAACACAGAACGUGAGAAACUGAUAAGCUAUACCAACUGGUACCCAGACUGGGAUACACAGCCCCAGCCACCGCAGCCACGUACCCCCAGGCCUCCUGCCCCUCGCCCUCCAGUCCAUCCACCCACUGUGCCUACGCACAUCCCGCCUGCGGGGCAUCCACAUCCCUCUUGUGACAGCUACUGCCUUAGUGUUUCAAUUUUAAGGCCAUUAUUUUUGGUACUGUGUGCUGGUACUUGUGCUCUAGUACAACAGUGGUAUCCUCAUACGUUUAUAUAUGAGUAAUGACCAUUUAAGACACUAAUAGUUAUCCUACAGCCCUAUCACUGUAAGAGAAUUACACCCAUUUAAAAACCGCUCAUGGUCAUCUCUCUCUGCUAUCCUUGUGAUGUUUAUUCAGCACAGAGAAGGCUGCUUCUCUAUGCAAGGCAGGAUUCAAGUGGCUGUACAAGUCGCUAAAGCUAGUAUAACUUCUUAGCACAGCAGUAGCUCUAGCCUGCUUCGAUGUCUAUAAGAGCCUCUUACCUCUGGCCUAAUGGUGGAUUCCCAGAGGGACCACAUAGACUAUGUAUUACUAUACUUACUAACAAGCCUCCUGGAAGCCUGGACAAAACCUGAAAACCAAAGAUAUGUCUGCAGUGGCAUACUGGAUCCAAAAGCAGCAAUGACUGCUCUUCGUUAACCUUCAGUUAUCCCAGACGAAAAUAGUGACAAACAUCUGAAAAUGCAGAGAAAAGAAGACAGUCAACCUGAGAUUGCAGGCAGAGGGGGAGAAAAUGAAGAUGAUGAUGAAGAUGAAAGGGGCUCAGGACAGUCUUUGUCAGAAAUGAAGAUCUCAGCCUCUCUGAGACAGCCCAAAUGAUUGAUGGAUUGUUUGUUUACACAUCCAUUUAGCCCUCAUCCACCUAUUAUCUAUAUAUAGUUUACAGUUUAUUUGUUAAUGAAGGUAAACAUCCCAUAUUUCAAGCGAAGAGAUACUGGCUGAAAUCAGAAAUCCUUAGCUGUGUUUUCAGUACUUAAAGCUGUUUCUCCUCCUUUAUCUUAGUCCUGUGUUUUGAGAACACAGUGACUCAAAUCCUGAAUCGCUCUGCAGCUCGGAUUGAAUGUAGCAUUCAACAGAAUAAAUAUGAGCCUCAAGUG